CGAGAGCUGAGUCCGUCUGGAACUUAAGCCGGCGACCACUGCCCUGGGUUACUGACAUACCACCGCAAAGGUUUUCCUGUCGGACCGAUCCUACGGCUGCACAUUUACUGGUCGCAGGGUGCUGGGCGGAACAUCCGGAAAUGCAUCGACCGACUGGCCGUGCCGCGUUAGACGGACCCCGCACUCGUCCUCCCGCACCGGAUAAAUGGUUGGUGCCCGUGGCGCCACCAAUCCCGCCGUCUGCUCCCGACGACACCCUGAACCUUCACGGCAAAAACUGUACAGUGCUAUGGCAAAACUGUACAGAUGGCCAGCCACACUGUCGGAAAACGGAUUGCUGUCCGCCGCCUGCAGUCGUCGCGGCGCUCAACCCGAGGCUUGUGGUUACUGGAGGAACGGACGAGCACAGAGUAUGGCUGUCAUUGCAUCAGCGCCGGACCCCUCCCUGCCCGUACCACCUCCUCUCGACGAGAGUGACGGCGACACUGUUGGCACGGUAUCCCCCAGCGGCUCCCAGCGUCCUAGUGGCGGCGUGGAGGCCAGUACCGCCAUGGCCGACAUGGAUGCAUUGCUAGCGACUGCCCCGACGACGCCAGUGGCGCCGCCUCCGCCGACGACUCAGAGGUUGAUGCGGUCGCAAUCGGCAGCGUCGCUGCAGUCUCUUGCGUCGCCCUCCGCCAACACGGCCAAGCGGGCGACCAAAGAAAAAGAAAAAGCAAAAGCCAAGGUCGCGCAGGAGCCCGUCUCCAAAAACGGUCUCGUCGCCCUCAAUGGCGAGUCGGCCGCCAAGGCUGUGCCCAUCCUCGCCGGAAACAUCGGGCGGGUGUCUGACGACGUCACUGCCCUGCGUGCUGAGGUGGGCUCCGAGCUCAACGGCUUGAAGGAGACUAUGCAGCGCGUGAUGGCCUCGGUCGACCUCGUGAACGGUGAUAUGGCGACGCAGGUCCUCACGGGAAUGAAGGCUGGAUUGCCUCAGGUGGUCGCUAAUGCUGUCGACUAUCGCCUGGAGGAGGUUCAGCUCCGUGCACGCCUGGAGACCCUAGGCAAGGACGCGACGAUGGCGGCUCAAGACAUAGUGGAACUGCGGACUGCCCGCACGCAUGACUUGCUGGAGCUUCGCGACGCUCAUAAGUCGAUGGCUUACGAGGUAGCCGAGCUGCGCGACGCCCACAACACCGUCGUAACUUUGACCGACGAUGCCACUGUGCGCCUACGAAAGCUGGAUGGCUCGGUGGAACACGUCGAGGGUACGGUCAAGGACGUAGCGGGCCAAGUUGGUAGAGUCGCGCAAACGCUCACUGAGGUUGAGGACUCCGUGGCAUCCCUACUGCGCCGAUGGAACGAGGACAUGGCGCAUGGCUACGUACCUGCUUGCCCCUCGCCUCCGCCACUGCCCCCCUUUGUGCCUCCCAGUGGACCAUCUCGUGUACAGAGGCCGAUGGUACUGCCCCUCCCGAGCCCGCCUCACGUUGCGCCCCGCCCCUCGAGCACGACAACGACGCCAUGCAGGAAGGGCCUCCCUCGAAGCGCGCAAAGCGUGGUGGAGGAGGGAAAAAGAAGGCCGAUCGCCGGGAGGGCCAAACGGCGCAGGCGAAUAACUCCAUGCGGAGUGAUGGGUCCUACUGGGACCAGCAGGCGUCGGUGCCCAUGCCCAUGCCCAUACCAAUGCCGGCUCCAGGGCCGGGCCCGGCGUCGGGACGCUCGGGACACCGCUCGACACCUCGUGUGCCAGCCCCUCAGGCGGUGACGACGCAGGUGCGCUUCGGACAGAUGUCCUGGAAGCCAGAUGUGGCUCGACUGCAAUUCCUCAAGGUCACGACCUCCGUCAGGGCGGGUGUUCGCAUCGAAGACUCGUGGGUCCUGGGCGUCUUCGUGGACAGCGACCCCUCGUACGUCCGGGCUCUGUUCCGCUCUAGGGAGGAGGCGGUCAGCUUCACGAACGCCUGGAACAACGGCCCCAAGGAGUAUCCUUCCGUUCGCGCGGUCGUGCAGUAGUCAGUAAAAUACUACUACUAUACGUCUGAAAUAAAAUGCUAAAUGUGCUGUCCUAGCCCGCCCGCGAAUGAUAUGCCUAUCCGCGUGGCGAGCUGGAACGUGCAUGGCAACCUUGCCUUGAAAA